ACCGUUUGUUCAUUCAUUCACGCUCUUCUUUUUGAGAACCUUGCCUUCGUAGUUUGUGACGUUCCGUGAAUUUCUGUUUGUUUCCCUGGAAGAUUAAUAUAUUGUCGUCAUUUUGAAGGGGGAGGGGAGGAACAUGUCGUCCGAUUUGCUAUUGAAGCCGUCGUGUGGUGGAUGUGGAUCGACCGCGGACUUGUACGGAAGCAAUUGCAAGCACAUGACUCUGUGCUUGACCUGUGGCAAAACCAUGGCCGAGAACCGUGGCAAGUGCUACGACUGUGGUGCCACCCUCACUCGCUUGAUUCGAGAAUACAUUGUUCGAGCGAGUUCUAGCAGCGACAAGAAUUACUUUAUUUGUAGAUUUGUGACCGGCUUGCCAAACUUUUCAAAGAAGAAAACUGCUGAGAAUAAAUGGUCUCUUCAUAAAGAAGGGCUGCAAGGAUGGCAAUUAACCGAUACCUUGCGGGAGAAAUACAAGAACAAACCAUGGUUAUUGGAGGAUGAAACAGGGAAAUUUCAGUAUCAAGGUCAGCUUGAAGGUGCGCAAUCUGCUACUUACUAUCUAUUAAUGAUGCAAGGGAAGGAGUUAGUUGCUAUUCCUGCUGGUUCUUGGUACAAGUUCAACAAAGUUGCACAAUAUAAGCAACUUACACUGGACGAAGCAGAAGAAAAGAUGGAUAACCGGAAAAAGAGUGCAGAUGGAUAUGAAAGAUGGAUGAUGAAGGCUGCGAAUAAUGGACCUGCUGCAUUUGGGGGAGUGGAGAGGGUUGAUGAAAAGGAUAGUGGUGUGGUUGGUGGGAGGGGACGUAAAAAGACAUCUGGUGAGGAUGAGGGAGGUAAUGUUUCUGAUAAAGGGGAGGAGGAUGAAGAAGACGAGGCAGCAAGGAAGAAUAGAUUGGAACUCAACAAAAGAGGUGGCGAUGAUGAUGAUGAAGGUCCAAGGGGUGGUGAUCUGGAUCUGGAUGAUGAUUAUAUUGAGAAGGGUGAUGAUUGGGAGCAUGAAGAAAUUUUCACUGAUGACGACGAAGCUGUUGGAAAUGAUCCCGAGGAAAGGGAAGAAUUAGCCCCUGAAGUUCCUGCUCCUCCAGAAAUUAAGCAGGAUGAAGACGAUGAGGAUGAAGAUAAUGAAGAGGGUGGACUGAGCAAAUCUGGAAAAGAGUUGAAGAAGCUGCUUGGGCAAGCUGGUGGGCUUGAUGAUUCGGAUGCAGAGGAUGAUGAGGAGGAGGAGGAUAUGGACGAUGAGAUUGGCUUUUCUCCUGUGCUGGCUCCAAAGAAGGAUGCCCCUAAAGAGGAACCUGCUGAAAACAGUCCCGUAAAAUCUGUGCCUUCUGGCCCUGCUCGGGGAAUCCCAUCUACCACCAAAUCUGCAAAGGCAAAGAGAAAACUGAGUGGCGAUGACGCGAAAGCAUCUAAUAGUGCACCUCCAAAGAAGGCGAAGACAGAAAAUGAGUUAAAACCUGCUUCAAAAGAAGAAGCUGUGCCUGCUUCUAAAAGCAGUUGGCCUUCAAAAGGUAAACCGCCGACGAAAACUGGGCCAACAUCAUCUACUGGGCCUGUCACAGAAGAAGAAAUCAGGGCAGUUUUAAUGCAAAAUACACCGGUGACAACACAGGAUCUUGUUGCUAAUUUUAAGGCUAGACUGAGAUCCCCGGAGGACAAGAAGGCUUUUGCAGACAUCCUGAGGAAAAUUUCUAAGAUACAAAGGACGAAUGGAUCUAACUAUGUUGUUUUGAGAGAGAGAUGAUAGGAUCCCAGUACCUCUUGCUUUUCGUUUGGAACAUAUCAAUACAAAGCUGGAACCCUUAGGCUCGGUUUGGAUUGAGAGUUAA